UUUCAUGUUUCAAUAAUUUUAUUCUUUUUUCUUUCUUUCUUUUCAUUAAUUGAUUAUCUUCGUUGAUUUCCAAUAAAAAAAACAAAAACCGAAAGAAAAACAAUGGAACGACCAUUCAUAUCAAACAUUGGAUCGAUAAAAUUGCUGAUAAUUACGAUUAUAUUCGUAUUAUUUCAAUUAAUCUUAAAUAUUAAUGCACAACAGGAAUUAACAAUGACAACAAAACCAUCAUCAUCAUCAUCAUCAUCAACAUUAUCGAUGGCCAAAACAACAACAUUAUUACAUAUGAAAUCAACGGAUAUUGAUGAUGAUGAUAAUGAUAAUAAUAAUAAUUAUCAAGAAAAUCUUCGACGAUUAAUUAUACGACGAAGUCAACGACAACAACCACAACCACAACCACAAUCAACAACAACAACAGCAAAAACAACAACAACAACAAAACUAGGACGAUCACUUUAUGAUUUACGUGAACCAUUUAGUUUUCAACAGGAUAAUGAUUCUGAUGAUCCAAUAUCGGAUCAACAAUCAUUACCAACAUUACCACCGUGUUUUGAUAUAACAAAAAAAAUGGAUACAAUGUUAGAAAUUAUUGAAAAUUCAUUUGUAAAAACAAUAGAAAGAAUUGAUAAUUUAGAGAAAAAAAUGCAAACAAUGCAAUCAACAAUAACAACAAAUCUAAUUGAAUUGAUUGAAAAAAGGUAGGGUUUUUAAAUAUGCUCUAUUAUGUUUGUGGUAACUUUUUUUUUCUCUUUUACCAAAAAAAAAAAAUCUCUAUAUAGUCAAUCGAUAAAUAAUCAUAAACAUCAUGAAUCCGAAACGAUAAAUAAUUCAAAUUAUCCAUCAAUAUUGAAUAAAAUGUACAGUAUUCAUCAACAAACGUAUCAGGUGUGUAAAGAUGCAGUUGUAUUGCCUAAAGAUAAUAUGCCAAAUUGUCCAACAAUGACAGCCGUAUGUUCAAUGAUACGACAAUAUAGACAGGAUAAAUCAACGGAUGAAUCUUCGGAUAUGGUUACUGUUAGUAGUAGUCAUACUAAACAGGAUUUAAUUAUUUCGGCUGGUAAUAAUUUUGGUAAAAAUCAUCGUGAUCAUCGUAGUUCAUCAACACAAAAACAACAAUUUGGUCGUAGUCAUCAACCAUCUGUUGAUGAUGAUUUAGAUGCUGAAGCUAUGCGUGAAGUAUUUGGUUUGUUUGCUAAUUGGACAUUAGAUCAAUAUGUACAAAAAAUGCAUAGAAAUGUUGCAGAAGAAUUAAAUGUAUUUAAUUUUCAAAUUAAAGAAAAAUUUCAACAUUUAUCUGAAAAAUUUACUAAAAUGGAUAUGUUACUUAAAGUUGGUGAUCAAUUAUCAUUAUCAAUAUUAGAUAUACGUGAUCAACUUUAUGAAAAUCAUUUAACAAUGAAUAAAGUAUCUGAUCAAUUACAAUCAUUAGAUAAACAACAACAAUGUCCGGCCAUUAUUCAAAAUGAUGAUAAUCAUGAAAAUGUUAAAAAUAUAACCAACAUACAGAUUAAAGAUUUAUUAGAAGAAUAUUUUGAAAAAAUUUUCCAACAUUUAAAUAAUUCAUUACCGAUGACAAUGUUAAAAACAUCAUCAAAACGACAAACAUCACCCGGUAUUAUGAAACCAAAACAAGAUGAAACAAGUUCAACAGUUAAAUUUUUAACAUAUGAUACGGGUAAUUUACAACCAGCAAGUAUGUUAAUAUCACCAAGUUAUAAAUCAAUACCGAUUAAUGAAAAAAAUAUUACUGCACCCGUAUUUGAACCACAAACACGAUCUGGAUUACAAAAAUCUAAAUGUUCCAGAGAAGCUAAUGUAUUUUAUCCAAGUUCAUGUGAUGAAUUACGACGUCAUGGUGCUACCUGUAAUGGUGUUUAUGUUAUUUUAGCAGCUAGUUCAAAAAUGAAACAUGUUUAUUGUGAUAUGGGUCAUAAUGAUGGUGGCUGGACAGUUAUAUUACGUCGUGGUAAUUUUAGUUCAUCAAAAUAUUUGCUCAAUUUUAAUCAACCAUUUCAUCAAUAUCGUGGUGGAUUUGGAGAUAUGCAUGCAGGUGAAUUUUGGAUUGGUUUAGAUUUUGUUCAUCAGGUAACACAAAGUGAACCACAUCUUCUUCAAAUUGAUUUAUUGGAUAUUGAAGAUAAUUAUGUUUCAAUGGUUUAUGAUGGAUUUUUUAUCGGUAGCAAAGAUGAUGGAUUUAGAUUUUAUGUUAAAGGAAUAAGAAAAGAUUUACUAUUAAGCAGUAAUCCAAAUGUUAAUAUAACAGAUAUAGCAUCAAUUGUAUUAAGACAUAAUCGUACACAAUUUAUUACUGCUGAUCAUAUAAUACCAUUACAACAACAAUCAAUGACAAGUAAACAACAAUCAUUUUAUCGUGAAUGUUCAACAUGGUUUCAUUCUGGUUGGUGGUAUGUUGCACCAACAUGGUCAACAAUUUAUGAUAAAGCACCAUUAAUUGAUACAUGUCGUCAUUUAAAUCAAUUUCAAUUAAUGGCACCAUUACAAUCAAAUCAUAAUCAUUUAUCAGUUAAAUGGAAUAAUUGGUAUUAUGAUGAUCAACAUACAAUUAGAAAAUUACGUUAUAUAAUGAUGAAAAUUCGUCCAAAUAAUCGAUAAUCAUAAUAUCAGAAAAUUUUUUUUUCUUCUUCUUCUUCUU